AUGAAUGACAACAAGAAAUUACUGAUUGUGUCCUCAAAUGACUCGACGACUGGUCAAAGAGUUGUCGAUGAAAUUGAUAACCAUUUAAAAGACAUCAAAUUUAACGCAAGUCUUGUCACUGAAGACUUGGUCUAUAAAACGUGUCACAAAAUCACUUUGGAGUCGCUUCCAGAGGACGAACAGCUGAUCCAAUUCAAUACAGUUGUCAUUAUCGGCGCCGAUCUCUAUCUCUACCAAAAGUUUAACACAAGAGUCCGAAACAAUGGAUCCAAUGAUAACAUAAAAUUAAUCUUUGCGGACGUGAAUCCAAUGUUUGGCUAUUUGUUUACCGAUUUUGGACCAAAUUAUAGACAUUUAACACUCGAUGAGUACUAUAAGACAUCGUAUGAUAAUAAUCACGUAUUGGAUAAAGUGAAACAAUGCACAUAUCAGUCCAGUUUUGAGCCCUUCAAGCUCUGGAGAGACAAAUCACUCGAGAGGUGUUGUCUCAUGACAUCCAUUAUCUCUGGUUUUAUUUGCGGACAACUCAUUGAUAAUUGUUGUCAACAAUUGCUUACAUAUGAAAUAGAUCCGAGACUUCUUGAGCAUCGGUUCGGAACCACUGAACCAAUAGUUAUCAUAGGAUUGGGUUCUUUGGGGUUUUGUAUUGUAAAACAUUUGGUCAAAAGUGGUGCCAAAAAUUUAGUUCUUAUUGAUUCCGAUUUCGUUCAUAAAUACAAUAUAAGAGUUAAUCUGUUCCGCGAAUGCGAUAUUGGACUCAAGAAGUGUGAUGUCGUCAAAGACUUUGUGCUUCGAGAUAAUAAAGACAUUACUGUUGAGAUUCAGUGUCGAAGAAUACAAGAGAUAAGCCAUCAGUUGUUUGAUGACUUGCGUCUGAAGAAAGGUCUCAUAAUUAGUUGUGUCGACUCCACAGAAACCAAACGCUUUAUAAACAAAGUCUGUGUUAAUCAUUGUCUGCCAUUCAUUGAUGUCGGAAUCGAUGACCCGGAGUACCCGCUCUGUGUCCUCAAGUCAUUCCCGCAAACCAUUGAACACUGUGUCGAAUGGUCUAAGACUAAGUUUAAUAAUUGGUUUAAUAUACGACCGAAAAGAGCCAACGAUUGGACGGAAUGUCUUCGCGUCUCGCGAAUGACUUUUGAGAAGUUUUUUAAUCAAAAACCAAAACAAUUGUUAUUUGUUUUGCCGUCGAAUCACAAGAGCGAAGACGGAUCAGACUUCUGGUCCGACAAACGUAUACCACAUCCGAUUGUCUUUGAUAUAACCAACGAUUCGCACAAAACAUUUCUUACUUCUUGCGCACAACUCAUCGCUAGAGUUAAUGGCAUUCAAAUAACGGACAAUACAGUCGUUUGCGAAGCCAUAAACUCGUUGGAAAUUCCAGAGUUUGUCCCAAACAAAGAUAAAACUAUUAUAACUGAUCCGUCGAAUUGUAGGGCAGAGACGUAUGGCAUCGAAAAGGUGUCAAUUGAGAAGAUUUACCACAUUUACAAUCAAAGCAUUCAUUGUUUGAAUGCAACGAUAUUCACCGCUUCGGCUAUGGUUUCAAUUGAAUUAAUAAAAUUGUUUCAAAUGAACGGCAAAUAUAAAUUGAAGUUUGAGAAUAAGUUGCAAAAUGUCAAUCAUUUUCACAAUUUGUGUGAAUUUGAAUGUAAUGUUUUGUCGACGCCUACUAAACCAAUGUCAACAAAACUGUCGGAUACCUAUAGUUUUACAGAAUGGGAUCAAUUGGUGAUCAAUGAAUCGGAUGGUGUGUCCACUCUUAAGGAGUUACUCAAUGAACUCGAAGCGCGAACGCAAUGCAUUUGUUUAGGACUUGUGUUGAAUGAGACAAAGUCUAUAUAUUUGCCACAACUCUUCCCGCAUCACAACAAACGCAGGAAACAAAACAUUAGAGAUCUUAUCGUUGAUUAUUACAACACUAUCCCAGAUCAGAAUUGGAUGAAAUUUUAG